ACAAAAUUCACGAUAUCAUUUAAAAAUGCAGAAAACGCCGAAGCCUGUACAGCAGUAGAGAUUCCAAAAUCGUAAAUUUAAGUCACCAAAAUCUCAAAUUUGCAUGUAUUUGUAUUUAAAAAAAAAAGUGAGAAUUAAAGUAAAUAAAUAAAAAAGGAGGUAAUUUGAAACAGUGGAAAAGGCUUUUCCAAAAGAAUCAACUGUCCUUUCUCAAAAAAAAAAGAAAAAAAGAAUCAACUGUAUUCUUUGCUUCUAAACAACAGUAGGAAACUGCUGUUUGCAAAUCUGGAGGGUCUUUCCCGCAGCAAUCCGACAGUUUUCCAAGAACCCAUUUUUACAACAUAUUGUCCAAUUCCAUCUCUUCUUUCGAGUAGUUUCCAUUUUCUAAGCUUUUGCGCUUAAUCAUUAUGGAUAAAUGAAAAAGGUAUAAUAAGAUUUGAAAUAUCUCACUACUCCUGUCUCUGUUUCGGGGGCGCAUCGGAUUCUAGAAGUGGGCAAGUCAAGUGGAAAAACAAAGUUAUAGUAUAUUUUUUUGUUUAAUUUUCAAAAACAUCUCUGUUCAGUUUCGGAGUUUUGAUUGAUUUUGAGUUGAAGAUCCGAGAGGGAAAUGGAACCCCCAACGGGGUUGUGGGCUUCUUUGUGGAAUUUCAUACGUUUCUUGCCUUUCUUCAUUGGCCUUCUCAUUCUCGGAGUUCUCAAAGGUAUUACUAUGUUCCCAGUGAUAUUUCUCAUUAUCACAUUUGGAAUCUCUGUGAUAAUACUCGGUCUUUUGCCUAUUCACUGCUUUUAUACCUACUACUGCGUUUUGAGCACAAAACAAUUUGGUCCCGGUUUGAAGCUUGUGCUCUGCAUUUGCAUUCCUAUCUUCGUAAUAGCAUGGCCGCCCGUUGGAAUUGCCUGUGCCGUCUUUGGUGGAGCAGCUUACGGCCUGCUUGCACCAAUGUUUGCCACCUUCCAGGCGAUCGAGGAAGGGAAAACGGACAAAUUCUAUCACUGUAUUUGUGAUGGAAUUUGGAGCACUUUGAAAGGAAGCUUCACUAUCAUCAGAGACUUCUUAGAUGUUUGUUUCCACUCUUAUUUCUCAAUUAUGGAUGAGCUACGACAUCAAGAGCCUGCAGAGGGCAAAUAUUAUGAGAUUAGAUUGCUUUACGUUCCCCUAGCUCUUAUAGCUGGGGUACUCGGUGCAGUGGUCGAUUUUCCAGUUAUCUCAGUUAUAGCCCUGUGUAAGAGCCCGUACAUGCUUUUCAAGGGUUGGCAUCGCUUGUUUCAUGAUUGCAUCGGACGUGAAGGACCGUUCUUGGAGACUAUUUGCGUGCCAUUCGCUGGUCUGGCCAUUUUACUCUGGCCUUUGGCUGUUGUUGGGGCAGUGUUGGGCUCCAUGGUAUCAAGCAUCUUCUUGGGCGCUUAUGCUGCUGUGAUCGUCUAUCAGGAGAGGUCUUUCUGGUAUGGAUUGUGUUAUAUUGUUGCUUCGGUUUCUAUUUAUGACGAAUACAGCAACGAUAUCCUCGACAUGCCUGAAGGGUCCUGCUUUCCUAGACCAAAUUAUAGAAAGAAAUCUAAGAUGCCUCCGUCACACACUACCUCGUCUGCUUCUUUUUCAAGGCCCAGCUCUUUCAAAAAGGCACCCUCGCGAACGAGCUCUCUAAUGGCACCUAUGGUCGAGUUGAAGCCCCUGGAGUUAGCUGAUGCCUUGUUUGAGGAGUGUCGGCGCCAGGGUGAAGCUAUGGCUUCGGAAGGGAUAAUAACCUUACAAGAUAUCGAGGAUGGCAAGAACGACAAAUCUGGUGGCGGAGUGUUGAGCGUUGGCUUACCUGCUUAUUGCAUUCUUCAAGCACUUCUACGCUCAGCAAAAGCCGAUACAAGUGGCAUAUUGCUAAGCGACAACGAGUCUGAAAUAACUUCAUCUAAUAGGCCUUCAGACAAGUUUUUCGAGUGGUUUCUCAAUCCGCUCAUUAUCAUCAAAGACCAGAUCAAAGCCGACAAGCUUUCUGAGGAAGAGGAGCAAUACCUUGGCAUGCUGGUUUUGCUGAGCGGAGAUCCGGAGAGGUUGAAGAACUCGAAUAUUGGGCAAGUACCUAAAUCUGAGCUCAGACAAGCCGAACUUGAUGCUAUUGCUCGAAGACUUCGAGGAAUCACUAAAUCUAUAACAAGAUAUCCAACGUUUAGACGUCGUUUUGAUGCUAGUACAAAGUGCAUUCUAGAAGAGCUUGCUAGGAAGAAUGAAGGUAGCGGAAAAUCCGGCAGCCGUAGUCCUAUACCUCUGCAGAAAUCGAAAAGCAUGUUUGGGAGGAUGUUUAGCCAGAAAUCUUUCAAGGGACGAUCGAACGAUCGUGGCUCUUCGCAGGUGAAUCGAACGGCCUCUGAGAGAGACGUAGAAAUUUCAUGAAAAUAUUUUGGUCUGUUGUUGUUUCAGCUGGUAAAUUUGCCAUUUUAGGUAUGUAAAUCUUACAUUGCAAACCUAUGUUUUCAUAGUUCCAUUAAUAUAUGCACAGAUGUGGUUUUCUUUA